AAUAAUGAACACUCCCUUUGCACUUGCGCAGGUAUUUCCGGAUGUCAUGCUUUCCCUGACUUUACGAGAGACCAUAAACAAGCUGAAAGAUGGCUCAAUAUCAGCUGCUGAAUUAUGUGAGAAGUGCAUCACCAGAGCGAGAAGAAUUCAGGAGUUAAACUUUAUAGUGAAAAAUAAUUUUGACCAGGCCGAGAGAGAGUCUGUGCAGUCAUCAAGAUUGUGGUCUGAAUAUGUUUCAGGGCGUCACAAUGAGUGGAGAAAGUUUGGCGGGAUUCCAUUCGCAAUCAAGGAUAACUUCUGCACAAAAGACAUCAGGACAACUUGUGCUUCUAACGUUCUAAACAAUUAUGUCCCUCCAUAUACAGCCACAGUGGUUCAGAGGUUACAAGAUGAAGGAGGUGUUAUUAUUGGUAAAACUAACAUGGACGAGUUUGCUAUGGGGUCAGGAAGCACAGACAGUAUAUUUGGGCCUGUUAGAAACCCUUGGAAGUACAAGUUCUCUCAGACACAGCAGGGUACGGCCAAUGGUGAGGGACAGAAGGAGGGGGGUGACUGGCACAUAGCAGGGGGGAGCUCUGGUGGCAGUGCGGUAGCUGUGGCCUCAGGGACCUGUUUAGGGGCCUUUGGGUCAGAUACAGGAGGGUCCACCAGAAAUCCUGCUGCAUAUUGUGGAGUGGUUGGUUUUAAGGCAACAUAUGGGCGCCUGUCUAGGCAUGGUCUCAUUCCAUUGGUUAAUUCUCUUGAUGUGCCAGGAAUACUCGCCAAGAGUGUCGAUGAUGCUAACCUGAUAUUUAAUGCUGUAGCUGGCCAUGACACCAGAGAUUCCACUACAGUGACUGAUCCUUUUGAGAAAUUUACACUACCUGAUGAUAUUAGUGUAAAAGACCUGCAUAUAGGUAUUCCAAAGGAGUACCAUGCCCCUGGACUGUCCCCGUGCGUACUAGAUGCCUGGCACAGAGCAGCGGACAUGUUUGAGAAUGCUGGGGCCCGAGUCUCCCAGGUGUCUCUCCCCCACACUCAGUACUCCAUUAUCUGUUACGGAGUCCUCUGCUGUGCUGAGGUGGCCUCUAACAUGUCACGAUACGAUGGAAUAGAAUAUGGUCACAGAGCAAAGAUUGAAGAUUCCACAGAAGAACUGUAUGCAGCCACCAGGCAUGAGGGAUUCAACGAUGUCGUCAGAGGAAGGAUAUUUGCAGGAAACUUCUUCUUACUCAGGAGAAACUAUGACAACUUCUUCAUAAAAGCCCAGAAAGUAAGAAGACUGAUUGCUGAGGACUUUAGAAAUGUGUUUAAGGGAGGGGUGGAUAUACUCCUGACCCCCACCACCCUGACCGAGGCCCCGACAUAUACCUGGUUUACGGAGGAGGACAAUCGCACCAGGGCAGAGGAGCAGGAUGUCUUCACUCAACCUAUCAACAUGGCAGGUGUUCCAGCUAUUACUGUGCCAGCCUCACUUUCACAUUCAGGACUUCCCAUUGGUCUUCAGUUUGUUGGACCCAACUUUCAUGACAGACAAGUGUUGACUGUGGCCAAGUGGUUUGAACAACAAACAAACUUUAAACAGUUAGAUCUAAGUUAUUUAGAGAAAUCUUGAUGAAAAUAUUAAAUAAAAGAAAUUU